GCAGAAUCAUUUCCGUAUCUCAGAAGUUUUACCUGCUUUAAAAAAGGACAGAAAACUAAAUCAGGUUUUCCAUAUUUUUCCCAAAUGUUUCUUCCCGUCUUCUCCACCUUUCCAGGUUUGGUCAGAAGCCGCUGAGCGCGUGCAGCUCGGGUCUGUUCCACGGCUCCCCGUGACCCCGUGACCCCGCUGCUGAUGCAGCUGAAACGGGACUCCGUGUUUCCACCAGAACAAAAGGUCGCCACGCUCCGCGGCGCAAACAGCUCCGGGACAAAGCAGGCCGUGUUUCCAGAACUCCGUCUCCCCAUAAAUCCCGGAGGCGAGCCGCCGUGGGGGGUUUGACCGCAGGAGCCGCCGAGCGCCAUGCCUCUGCCCCGACGCCACUCUUCCUUCCUGGGACAGCCGUCCUCCGAGCGCCCGGCCGCCGCAAACGUGUGUGUGUGUGUGUGUGUGUGUGUGUGUGUGUGUGUGUGUGUGUGUAGGCUGGACAGCGAGGCGUCCCUCAGGGCGGCGGUGGAGGACGAGGUCGGCUCGCUCCGCCGGGUGAUGGAGGAGGCGGCCGUGACGAAGGCGGAGCUCGAGGAGCGGAUGGAGACCAUGAAGGCGGAGCUGCGACGCCUGGAGAGCCGCCAUGAGCAGGACGUCCGCGCCCUCUACAGCCGGACAGCCGGACGGGACGUGGACGAACCCGACGCUCCCAUGGAAACGGGUCUGGACCGGAUCCUGGCCCACAUCCGGACCCACUGGGAGCAGCUGACGGAGCGGAACCGGGCCGACACCGACGGCUACCUGGAAUCAAAGGAGGCGCCGUGCGCGGCCAGCGGUCUGAGUGCGGAGGAGCGGCAGGCGGAGGCGCUGAAGGCGGAGUGCAGCGACGUGAGCUGCAGGAUCCAGAGUCUCCAGGCUGAGACGGAGUCCAUCAGGGCGCUGAAACGAGGCCUGGAGAACUCGCUGAGCGACGCCCGCCACUGGCACGACGUGGAGCUGCAGAACCUGGGCUCAGUGGCGGCGCGGCUGGAGGCGGAGCUUAGCGAUGUGCGGAGCGAGAUCGAGCAGCAGCGCCGCGACUUCGACAUGUUGCUAAGCAACCGGCAGAGGCUGGAGCAGCAGAUCGGCCUGUACCACGGCAUCCUGGACGGAGAGGAGGACCGCUUCCUGCCGAGCAACGCGCCGCCGUGUUGUGCUGCAGAAUCCAGGCCUGAAGCUCCGCCCCCUGCAGAACCUUCUGGACCGGUCGGACCCCGACCCAGUGAACAGUCUGGUUCCGGUACCACUGGAUCAGGGGACCGAGUCGUUAACGAGCCUCUGUCAGCCAUCGGAACCACCCAGUCGGACCAGACCAACAUCUACAACAUGUAGGACGACCAGAACCGCUGGAGACCAAUAGAACCUGGUUCUGACCGGGUCCACAUGGGACUGAUCCGACUGCUGAGAUGCAGUGUGAGUGUGAUGAGUCUGAGGACCGAUUUGGACCUCAUAGUUCUGGUUCCGCUCCAGCCUGGAGUUCUCCUGUAACCGACCAACAUUUCCUGUUGUUUUCAAAAUAAAAGUGACUGAAGGUGAA